AUGACGAGUAGGCAGGUCAUGAACAUAACACAGGAGUCGGACAUCACGUUUGGUGCUCAGGAUCUAAAAGAGAAAAUUGGGGACGAUAACGACCUAAUGGUAAUUAAGAUGGACAUAGCUAAUUUCACGGUCCAUAAAGUACUGGUGGAUAACGAAAGCUCUGCGGAUAUUAUUCUCAAAGAAGUGCUCACUAAGAUGGGUGUGGACAAUGUUAGAUUAAACCCCGUACAUUCACCGUUGGUCGGUUUCGGAGGAAGUGAAGUGGAUUCAUUAGGUACGAUCGAGCUACCCGUUUCCAUUGGCGAUGAACCAAGGAGAAAGACCCUUAUGGCCAUAGUAUCUACGUACCAUUUGAGAAUGAAGUUUCCCACACUUGUUGGGGUGGGAGAGGUCGCGUGCGAUCAAGUGGAAGCCAGACGAUGCUACAACCUGUCCGUGAAAAAAGAGGCAACUGAGAGAAAAAGGAAAUUCGGCGAGUCCCCCAUAAGCGAGAAUGAAGACAGGAUAGAGCCGAUCGAUGAACACAGGGAGAUUGAGUUAGUUCAAGGCGACCCAUCAAAGACGAGAAAGAUUGGUUCGAGAUUGGAGAAAUGA